AUGGCCAGCUCGAUGUCAGCCUUACGCUGGCUGCGGAGGGGAAGCGUGGGGUCUGCGGCGCAGAGCGGUCAUAAUAUUUGCUCGCCGUUUUGGGUAUUGACGACGCCUGAUCGGUGGCGUUGGUGA